AUACCAAUAUCCUUGAACUAACUACAAUAUUUCAUGGGAAAUUUGAUGAAUCAAAUGAACGAUCUCGAUCUUCUUCUUCCAUAUGUAGAAGAUGAUCACGAAGGUGUCAUAGUGGAGAUAACCGAGACCAUGAAUGCUGAAAAAUUCUUUCAUCUUCUUACAUAUUCACUAUCGACUUGGAAGAUUCAGGGCAAGAAAGGCGUUUGGAUCAAACUACCGAUCCAACAUGUAAACCUUGUCGAGGUUGCGGUGAAGGAAGGAUUCUGGUUCCACCAUGCUGAGCCUAGAUAUUUAAUGCUUGUUCAAUGGAUUCCUAAAACAGAUAAUACAAUCCCUGCCAAUGCUUCUCAUAGACUUGGUAUAGGUGCCAUAAUUUUCAACCAUAAAGGAGAGUUGCUUGUUGUACAAGAAAAGAAUGGUAGAUUUCGGGAUAAAGGUAUCUGGAAGAUACCAACAGGCACCGUGGAUGAGGGCGAGGAUAUUGUUGGAGCUGCAAUAAGAGAAGUAAAAGAGGAAACCGGGAUUGAUGCUGAUUUUGUUGAUGUAGUAGCUUUCAGGGAAAGUCACAAGGCCUUGUUUGGUAAGUCAGAGAUAUUAUUUUUGUGCAUUUUGAAGGCUAAAUCUUUCAAAAUUCAGAAGCAAGAACUGGAAAUUGAGGCAGCCCAGUGGAUGGGAUUGGAGGAAUUCGGGGCGCAAACUUUUGUUAAGAACGACGGGACAAUGAAGUACGUGUUUGAACUUGGUUGCUUAUUAUUAGCGAAGUCAGAAACAAAGACUAUUGGUGAUGAGAAUUAUACGGGUUUUACCCCUUUUCCAAUAAUCUCGGCUUUCAUUGAAGAUGAAAUGAGCUACAUUUAUGUGAAUCGAUGUCCUAAAGUACUCAACUAACCAUCAAUAUUCUUCCAUUACAACCACAUCUUGUUGCCAUUCAUUAGGUUUAAUAAAUGCUCAAUAAUGACCUUUGGUCCUUUUGAUUUUAAA